AUGCACACAACACCAACCGGUUCAGAGGAGGAGGCAGAGGAGAAAGAACAAAAAAAAGAAGAACAAAAACGUGUAGCAGAGGAGGAUAUAAUCAUGAAAUCGCGGUUGCUUUCGAACGCUUUCAAGUGCCUGUCGCCCGGACAGACUCGUCACAUGUCGUCUUCUUUGGGAAAUUCCAUCCAAAGCGCGAUAGAUAUCGCGAAGGAAAGCGAAGCAGAAGCUUUAAAAAAUGUACCAAAAAUGACCUAUUACUCCGCGUGGUUCUGCCCAUUCGCACACAGAGCGACGUUAGCGUUAGAACGACACCGCGGUUUCCUCUCGUACGAAUGGGUUGAAUCCUUAGGGUGGGAGAAACGAAGCAAAACGAACGAAGAGAUUAAGACGAAACACGAGAAUUGGUACCACUACAAAUCGCCAGAUUUGUUAAAAGCGAAUCCGCUCGGGAUGGUACCGACGAUUAAAGACGAGUUUAACAACGUGAUCACGGAAUCGAUCGUGUGCAUACAAUACAUAGACGAGAUUGUGAACGGAGGUAAGGAACCGAUAUUAGCGUCUUCGGCAGCCGAACGCGCGAAGGAACGGGUGAUGGCGGAUUUCGUCGCCAAGACUAUUUGUAGCAAAUACUAUUCCGUGUUGGUGAGACAAGAGGAAACGGAGCAGUUAGAAGCGUUCGGAGAGAUUGAGAAGGCGAUCGAGAAGUUUGCGACGCAUUUAGUAGAUGAUGACGAUGUGAUGAUAGAUGGCGAAAAACGCGAAAAAGGACGGUUUUUUAACGGUCGCCAAACGCCGGGUUUAGUCGAUUUAACGCUCUUCCCUUGGGCGUGGCGCUUGCCCGUGUUUGAAACCCACCGGGACGAAAGGUUCAAAAUCGACCCCGCUAAAUCUGUCGGUUUGCGCAAAUACAUGCGAUGGUUGCGCGAUAUGGUUAGUCGAGACGACGUCUCGCGCACUUUACCAAACUGGGAGGAAUAUUUACAACACAUAACGAGAUACGCCGACGGUUCCGCUCGAAGCAAAGUCGCCAACGCCGUUCGAGACGGAAGAAACGCGCACGAAUACGACGACGAGAAAGAUGACGUCAAAGAAUAA